AUGUUUAGACUCCCAGGCGUGGCACUCAUCACCGGUGCGGGUGGCACAGGUAUUGGCGCGGCUGUCGCAAAGGCUUUUGCCCGGUCGGGGUGUUCCAGGUUCGCCAUCACAGACAUUAAUCCAACGUCACUGGAAGGCACUCGUGCCGCCAUCCUUGAGAUUAACCCCCAGGCUAGCGUCUCCAGCGAAGCAGGCGACGUGUCCGACGAAACAUUUGUCAGUGAGUUUGUGUCGAAAUCGACUGAGAUCUUCACUCGCAUAGACUACGCCGUGAGCUGUGCCGGUAUCCUCGGUCCAUCCCUGCGCUCUCACGAAACACCAGUAUCAGAAUUCGACAAAAUCACCAACGUCAACUACAAGGGAUCCUGGUUAGUCUCGCGCGCCGUUAUAGGCCAGAUGGUUAAGCAACAGUACCUCCCGGAGCACCCGGAGCAGCGUGGUGCCGUGGUCAACAUUGCCAGCCAGCUAGGCCUCGUGGCCCAGCCGACUGCGCCUGUAUACUGCGCGUCCAAGGCAGCUAUUAUUAACAUGACGCGCUCUGAUGCCAUAGAUUACUCAUUGGAUAACAUCAGAGUGAAUUGUGUAUGUCCCGGCGUCAUCGAAACACCCAUGACAACGGGCUCUGAUGAGGUUAUAAAACGCCUCAGACCAGCCAUCGACAUUGCGCCGCUGCGUCGUAUGGGGAGACCAGAAGAGAUUGUUGAUGCGGUUUUGUUCUUGUGCUCAAAGCAAGCGUCGUUCAUACAAGGUCAUGCCUUGGUAGUGGACGGGGGAUACACGAUAAACUAA